AGAUUCCCUUUGUUAGAGCGUUAUUCAAAUAGCAUGGUUACAUGCUAGUCUAGAUAUUGUUCAGUGGCAGUCAACUAAAUGGCAGAUGAUCAGGAUGACAUAUUUGUCAUUGAUAAAAGCGGUUCAUCAUUAAAUGACAAGCAACUAGAUAUUACUUAUGAUUUUACUGAUUUGGAGGAGGAAUCUCUUACUACCAGCUCCCAAAACUUUCGAAGCCGGAAACCUGUCUAUGGGAAACGUUAUCACGAGGCGGACUUUGUUAAUAAAUUCAGGCCUGGGAGAAUAUCGUUGGUCUACCUGUCUAUUUUUUUUAUGUCUUAUACAUUUUAGUCGAGAACUGCUUCACAUUUAUCGUAUGAGAACAUUGGGUUAUCCUCCUGGUUGGCUAAAAAAGGCUGCUAUUGGCGGAAGCUUACAAAUUUUCGAUUCAGACAAUUUGGACAGCGUGACAUCUGAACGCAAAGUGUCGUAUAACAGAAGCGCUCUUAUAGGUUAUCCUGGAUUCAAUGUCGAAUUGGACCGCUCAGUUAGGGAUGAUUACUUAUUUUUAAAAUGUCCCCCGAUGCAAAAAUAUCAUAUGCUGGAUAACUUUUAUGCUUCUUUAUCGGGCGAAUCGUCUGAGAAAUCCAGUAUUACAAGCGCAAACGGCAACCCUUCACCCUGUAGUAUAAAGAAAACAGUGGAAACUGCAAUAACCAUUUCCGAUUCAGAGUCUGGUGAAACAAAUUCAACCAGCUCACAAAUGGAAGAUACUCCAGAUGAAGUUGAAGUACUUCGUCCAAAUCCAGAUUUUUUGAUAGUCCAUGCGGCUGAACAGGGGACGCCUACACCAAUUUGUCCUCUGACUGUUACAAAUGAUUUCCCUAAUGAAAAUACUGAUCACUCUUCAUUUUUAUCAUCACAAGCACUUAAACGUCCUUCUUUAGAAGCUUUCAGUAUGGGUAUACAACCGUAUAGGCCAUUUGAAAAUCUUCCUGGUGUACAUGGUGGAUAUCAGCGUGUCCUCAAGUCACUAAAAAAUUCACGUGAGUCAUUAGCCUCUCAUAGCAAUCCAUCAGAUUCAAAAAAUUUACGGGAUAAUGAUUUUCAGUCACCAUCAGCUCGACUGAAUCGUCAUAAUGGCAUUCAGUCUCCUCAUAAACGAAGUCGAUAUUAAAAGAAUACUUUCCAUUUACUUUUGAGUCUAAAAAUUAAAAAAUGUAUAUAUGUGUAAAUUGUUCUAUUCACAUUUUGACAGUAUUCAUUUUAAAUGUGUAUUUUUACUGAUAUAUUUGACUUUGAUUUUAUUUUUUUUCCUGUAAAUAAACAAAUUCAAUUACGUAUUGUCAAUAUCUGUGUCAUGCAUGUCAGUUUUUAUUAAAUAUUUGAAUAUCAUUUUUCAGUCUUCUAUUUUGUGUAUUUAUCAUUAAAAUUUAAAUAUGACUGGUGUUAUCAAUAAUGUACAUACUUUUUCUAGAAAGAAGAAUCAAGAGCUCAGUUACCUGGAUAAUUUGUCAGGAAUCACUGUUUUUACACAUGAGUUUCGACCCGUUGGUGCAUGUAUACACCUAUUUCGGAGAAUUAAAAAGUUUUUAUUUUUUAUAUACAUUGAAUUCGUCUCUCAGAGUUCUCCGUAUUUGUGCUAUUGUUCUAAAGAAUAAUCCACCUAGAAACUUAUGUAAUA